AUGAAGGCCAUUGUGUCGCUGGGCUGGCGCCAGGCUUGGCGCAGCGCGUCCCUGGACUCCGUGUUCUCCGUGCUGCUGGCGAUCCUCUUUGCCACCCUCACGGUGUCCCUGGGCCAGCAGCAGCCUGUCAGUGGCGUGCUGCUGGUGGCCGCCGGGGUGCUUGUGACGACGAACCUCAUCAAGCAGCUACUCUUGAUGCAGGGCAUGUUCGUUCUGGGAAAGUUUCGCCUAUACUGGGCGACGGUGCAGAACUACGUGGAUUGGUGCCGCAUUGGGCUCAGCUACAGCGUCCUUGGCCUCAGCUAUGCCCAAUGGGCUGCGCCCUCUGCUGAGCUCAGCGUGCUGCUGGCCGUGGCCGUGCUCUUCCGGUGGGCGGAUGUGGUCACCAGCUUCCGGGGCUACCAAUGGGUGGGCGAGAAGGUUUUGCCCAUCGAGCGUGCGCUGAUGUCCUCGCGGAUGUUUGCUGGCAUUGUGUGGGUGGCCUGCUGCGCUUUCACCAACGCCUACAUCGCCCUCCGUCUGAGCGGCUCCGAUCGCCUUUUCGACUCAUUCUUUGUGAUUUACCGCCUGGGAUUCCUCAGCGACCUGGAGCAUUCCGUGUGGAAUGGCGGCUCGCAGGACCCACAGAAGGACCUGGCAGCAGCGCUGGGCAUUGUCACUGCCUUGAUCAUGACGGUUGUGAUGAUGAACAUCUUCAUCGGCGUGCUGUCGGAAAGCUACUCGCAGGCCUACCGGAACCGCCACCUCAGCUUCCAGCGCGAGCGCGCACGGAUUGCCUUUGCGCACAGCGUGAGGAACAGGGCAUACGACGCCUGGAGAUCAACUUGCUGCUGCCGCAGGCAGAAGGAUGCCGCCAGCAGCAAGUACUUGUGGUACAGCGUGAAGCGCACUCAGGCGCAGGGGAGCCACCAGCAUCCGCCCAAGCAGCGCAGCAGCUCCGCGGGGAAGUCUAGGCGCAUGUCGACCCUGGUGCGGGGGUUGAUGCUCAACAAGACGAUGGGCUCCGAAGAUUCGGGCCGCAGGCCGCGGCUCCCGCGCCAGCCCAGUGGGGGCCACUCCGCGCACCUGCCGCCGCCCCUAGCAAAGCCGGCCUUCCAGGCGGUGGUGCCAGCGCCACCAAGCCAGAGCGAGGACGAAGGCGACAUUCCAGGCAUGGUGCUAGAAGACGACGUCCCGGUCUGGGAGAAGAUCGUCAGCGAGGGCCUGGACGCAUGA